AGUAAUUGUGAUGAGAGUCGUGCAGCGUGCAUCAUGUUGUAUCACCUGUUGCUGCAGACACUAAAGACACAACAGUCAGCAGGUGCAUCCCCCGGUCAGCCUCACCUGCUGCUGUAUGAUCUUUAUGACAAUAAUGAGAAGGAGGCGGAGAAGAUCGUCAACGACUUGUCACAGGCAGCAACAGGAGGGUCGUUGUACGUCAUCGUUGAUGAAGCGGGGUUAGACUUCCACACUGUGUGUGACAAGCUGCGGACACAAGUUCCUGAUCUCCAUCUUUGGGCGGCAAGUUGUUUCCAUAGAUACGCACCCGCCGGCUGGCAAGUGGAAUAUUUAACCAGACCCCUCCGCUCUCCACCGGCCGUCGUCAGGGAAGUCAAGAAGGACGCGUGGAUCACUGAGUACCGUCUUGUCCAGCCGUACAGUGAGCGAGGUGUGCCCGACCACACAGACGGCCCGCCAGUCACACGACUGUAUCACCAACAUCACGGUCACUCAGAUGACGGUCCAGAUGACUGUGUGACGUGCGGUCGUGACGUGGCCAGCUUCCUACACAGUCUCCGUGUUGGUGUUACAGAGAAUGUCACGACAUUAGCCACGACCGUCACCUCCACCAACGGCGGCACAACACCGCCCUGCCUGCAGUGGAGAGACGUGUUGGUGUUGCACUGGGAUGACAUUAGUGACGACUCGGGUGUGAUGAAGGGACUGAAAGAAGCGGGUAUCCCAGUGCGGGUGAUGAAGGACGAUGACAUCGAGGACGUUGCCACGGCCCGCAGUGACGUGGUGUGGGUGGCGAGGGAAGAUCGUGUUUGUGGUCUGGAGAGAAAAGUCGUCGUCUGUCUGAAGGAUCAAGUUUUAACGCGGUUGUACUCCACGUCCCGGUGUUCGUCACAACUUCUGAUUGUCUACUAUCGACAAGGCAAAGGGUAUCUGACGUCAUCACAUGGUGUGUAGGAAACAUUUCUAUACACAUGUUUAAUGACAUUCAUAUACACAUGCUGUGUAUGACACAUUUAUAUAUACAUGUUGUGUAUGACACAUUUAUAUCUACAUGUUGUGUUUUGCACUCACAACAGUCGGUGUCUCUUUACACAACAACUAGUGUUAACUUUAAUAUCAUACGUAUGCACACAGAUGAGGUGACACUUUUAUUGCAGCAUGUAAAUACGUUUACAACAUAGCACACCACACAUAAACUAAACUUUUUGUAAAAAAUUCUACUUUUUAUCAACAAUUCGAGAAAGUACAUGCACUGUAGCUGCAACAUCACCAGGAGCAGCAGCAACUGUGUGUCGGGCUUUGGCAGUAAAACGUUUAAGACAAAUUUUUUUUUUAAAUAUUAACUUUCUUGUUCUUUUCUGCAGUGGACUGUUGAAUAUGUUCCAGUAAUUUCUUUUCUUGUAUUUGUUUAUGAAUUCACACACAGACUGUGUCACACUAAGUCGUGUACAGACCUCCCUUCAAACCGUUAUUUUGCCAGAGCAGCUGUCAACAUGUCUCCAAGAUCUGAGAAUGACGAACCUCACGUGACCUGCCCAGUUGGUUACCCAAAUAAUAAAACCCAUUCUUGUGUGAUUUUGUCAUUUUUCUCACAGUUACCUUCUACUCUCCUCAGGAGACGAUUUUGAUUCUAUUGCUAAUUUGGUCUCUGAAUGAUUAAACGAGAAGAAGUGAACAGGUCGCGACUUUCAAAUGAAUAAAGACUUUUAAUUGUUA